GGAAAGGGUUGUAACUUCCGGUUGGACGCCCCGGAGGACGGGAAAGAUGCGGCUCGUGUCUGUCCUGCGGGCCCCGAUGUCGGGCUGGCGGGAGCGGUUCGACACCGGCGGCCGGGAAGUAGCCCGGUGGUUUCCCGGACACAUGGCCAAAGGCAGGCGGGAGGUGACCGGGAGGGGUUGAAAGACAUGAAGAGCCGCCUGCGCCUGGUCGACUGCUUGCUGGAAGUACACGAUGCCCGCAUCCCACUCUCUGGCCGGAACCCUCUGCUGCGGGAAGCCCUGGAUAUCCGUCCUCAUUUGCUGGUGCUGAACAAGAUGGACCUCGCAGACCUAACUCACAAGUCGCGGAUUCUGAAAUGUUUGGAACAGCAAGGUCUCAGUCACAUCCUUUUUACAGAUUGCCUCAAAGAUGAAAAUAUUGAGAAGAUUGUUCCCCUGGUCACAGAAUUGGUCAGCAACAGCCAGCGCUAUCAGAGGGCUGAGAAUGUUGAAGCUUGCAUGAUGGUCAUUGGUGUGCCCAAUGUGGGGAAAUCCUCGGUUAUCAAUUCAUUGAGGAGGCUGCACCUCAGAAAAGGGAAAGCCUCUAGUGUUGGUGCAGAACCUGGUAUUACCAGAGCCGUCCUUACCAAAAUCCAGGUGUGUGACCGACCCCUCAUGUUCCUCCUGGAUACCCCCGGGGUGCUGUCUCCCCGAAUUGAGUCUGUAGAGAUUGGCUUGAAGCUUGCUCUGUGUGGGGCGAUCCGGGAUCACCUGGUAGGUGAGGACGUCAUUGCCGAUUACCUGCUUUACACACUGAACCGUCAGCAGCAGUUCAGCUACGUGGAACGCUACGGACUGGCCAGCCCUUGUGAUGAAGUGGAGACUGUCCUCAAGGGCAUUGCACUACACCUGGGCAAGAACCGCCGAGUCAAAGUGUUAACGGGCACAGGAGAUGUGACCGUGAUGGCCCCAAACUACAACGCAGCUGCAGUCGACUUCAUCGGCUCUUUCCGGAAGGGGCUUCUGGGGAAGGUGAUGCUUGACUGAGCCGUCACGUGGUGCCGUCACUUCCUGGAUUGGACAGAGCGGUUUCCUUUGAAGCAGAAGGAACACUCUUGGCUGGUUGAAUCAGGCCCCGUUGAUUCCUCUUGAUGCUGGUUGCGCAGCUGUCUCCGGCUUACCUGCUUGUUCAAGAAACCACGGUGGAGCCACGAGAUGAGGAUAGAACUGGCAGUGGACAGUCACUGGUGGCUUUCAGCCCCAUUUCCUGUCCCAUGUGACCUGUAUAUUUCCUGCACCCCCAAUUCCAGUAGCUUGUCCCAUCAACUCGGUGAGGAGUGGCUAGGAAGAGAGAGCAGCUUGGCUAGCUUGAGCCAAAGGAUAGUGGAGAGAAUAGUACAGAUUGCCCGGUAGUGUGUGCUGUUGGCUGUGUCUGUGUGUUGCCUAAUGCAUCUGCCACGGACUCAAUGACGGCACGCUUCCCUCGGGCUGCAUUUCCGAGUGUUCUGAAGGGCUGGGCUGCAACGGCCCUUUCCCCGCCGAGUUCCCAUAGGCCAGAUGACUAGCUGCAGAUUGCCUUUGGCAUUCGCCCGACCCCCAUAUAAAACCGCAGAGAAGACAGUGAUGCUGAUUGCAGAGGGCAGCCCUUCCUGCCCCUCACUUAAUUUUUCCUGCUGCAUCAGGAGGAAGACGGGGCUUCAUUCUGCUGCUCUGCAGGAUUUUAGAAUAUCGAAUGGUUCGGUCAGGCUGUGAAGCCAGGACUCCAAAGCAUCCAGAGCGCGUACUGGGCUAUGACACAAAAGUGACGGAGGCUGCAUUCCUAAACACACUUUGCUGGGAGUAAGCCCACUGAAUAAAAUAGUACUUUGGAGUAAACCUGCUUUAGAAUAACCCUGAGUGGACAGAACGUCCUGCCUCCACUGGAUCUAAGUAGUUUGCUUAUUCUUCUCGUUAGAUCUUUGUUGACACCACACACACCCCAAAAAAACCCAAGAGUGAAUUGAGUGUUUCUCUCUAUUUCCUUUCAUUGCCUGGCCAGCAACUUCAGUAUUGGUUCAUCUUAGGCAGGAAAAGGGUCCUAAUAAUGUGGAAGAAUUAGAAACCAGUAUCUGCAACAGAUUAAUUUAUACCACCUUUUGAGAAACAGAUUCAUCACUGGCCUUAGCAGAAGACCCAUCAAGGGCUGAACCUGCCUUUCAGACAGCUAAACCGGGCCGGGAGGGGAGAGAGAUAACAGAGUUUUUUAUGAGGUUGGAAGGAUUCCUGUGGCUUUUACGGCAACAGUCUGAGAUGGGUGCUGCUUGUUGGGGAAAUCCUGCCCUGUUUAUAAUUAAUUUAAUAAUAUAUUCAGGGGGGACUUGUCACUACAGUUUGGGAUGCAACCUCACGGUAACGCUUAUCGCUCCUAUUUUAACUAGAUUACCACGUACCCUUAUGAAAGACAAUAUAGUCCUCUGUUUGUUGGAGGACUAUAUGUUGGCGGCAGCAGUAGUAUAUUUUUCUUAAAUAAAGGCUCCCUAACUGCGG